AUGGAGAUGCAGGUGAAGGCGGCGAGGGGCGGGAAGAGGAGCAGGAUGAGCGGCGGCACGACGGCGGCGAGAGUAGUGGAGAGGAAGGAGGCAGAGAGGGAGAGGAGGCAGCACAUGAAGGCGCUCUGCGCCAAGCUCACCUCCCUCAUCCCAAAAGAACACUUCUCCAACCCUGAUACGAUGACCCAGCUAGGCAGCCUGGAUGAGGCUGCGUCAUACAUCAAGAAGCUCAAAGAGAGGGUGGACGAGCUGCAACAUAGGAGGAACUCUGCACAAGCAAUGGCUGCCGCAAGAGGGGCUAGUGGCGCCUCAACGCCCACCACCACCUCUACCACGAGUGGUGGUGCGGGGUCACCAGAAGGAGAGAAACAUUGGGAGGCAUCGGCACCGGUGGUUGAGGUGUGUCAACACGAUGAUACGAGCAUGGAUGUGGUGCUGGUAUGCAGCACAGAGAGGCCGAUCAUGCUCUACCAGGUGAUCACCAUCCUCGAGGAAGAAGGCGCCGAGGUCGUCAAUGCCAAUCACUCCGUUGCUGGCCACAAAAUCUUCUACACCAUACACUCACGGGCUUUCAGCUCGAGAAUUGGCAUAGAUGUUUCAAGUGUUUCUGAACGACUGAGAGCAUUGAUGCCCAAAAAUAUCACCAACUUGCUCGAAUGUAAUUUACUUUCUACUGGUACGGGCUGCUUAAUUAUUUGCUUCAUUUAA